AUCGCCACAGAGUAGACCUGAUGUAUUUUCAAAGUUGCAACCCUUCCUCGAUCCUAUUCCUAAAGCAAAUGAAGAUUAUUAUAUGCUAUUCUGUGAAAUAUAUGGUAAAGAUACUAGUGAAAAAUACCACCCAUCAUUGCUUCAAAAAGCCAAUGUGUCUACAUCAACAACUACUAUGACUAUUGAUAGUCUUGGUGUUAAUGGAAUGGGUUUCAGUCCUCGAGCACAAUAUGCAACAAAUGUUCGCAUCUUGGUCAAGUACAUUGAAUGUAACCAUCUCACAAAAGCCAGUCCACCCUCAUUUCGAAACGAUAAUAAUUGCAGCAUAAAUAAUGAUGAAGUUGAGCUUCAAGACGCAGAUAAUGAUAUAAAUGGUGAUGGUAACUACAAUGGUGAUAGUAUGGAAGAUGAUGAAAGGUUUAUUGAUGAUGGUGACUACGAUGGCGAUGGUAUGGAAGAUGGUGAAAGGUUUAAUGAUGAUGGUGACUAUGAUGGCGAUGGUAUGGAAGAUGGUGAAAGGUUUAUUGAUGAAAG